ACGGCCCGGCACGUCUGGGCUCUGGGAAAGUAGUCUAGCGAGAUGGCGGAGGCAGGCGCUGGCCGCCGCGGCGAAACGAACGCGAGGUUUUCAACUCUCCGUGUGUCGAGAUCAGCGCGCCCGGAUCACUGGAGCUGCCAGGCAGGACCGCGCGGAAGUGUUACGUGUUUCCGUCUCCCGGCCGUGCGAUUUAUGUAGACGAACAAAGAACAGGUGUGCGAAAGUGUUUUUUUUUCCUAUCCUUUUACGUACACGUGACUUUUUUGUUCCCUUUAACAGAGCUGUACAUGCCGAAUAACAGUUUUUCUUUCUUUCCCCACGUAUAAGCUCGUCCCUUUUAAAUAACAAACAGUUCACAGUUAUCUGUUACGGUUCGUUGAACCGAGGUGUAAGGUUAUCGAUACGCCCCUCUGCCACAGCGAUAGUUUAACUUUACCUGUCGACCUGCUUUCGCUGACGACGUUCGGGGUAUCGAGUAGCGGUUUGAAAGGAAGUUUUUUCAGCGAUAUCCGCGUGGCAAGACUGCAAGUGUGAAGUGUUUGGCAGGCGUGUGAACUGACUUGAUGUCUGAGCAGCGUCCGUAGAGGGCGAGACAAAGCUUUAUUGCCAGGACAAGGGCGCCUCCCCGCGCAGGAUGGACCGGCUGCGGCGCAGCUUCCGGGACAGCUUCAAGCGGCGCAAGGAGCCGCACGUGCCGGAGAGCUCCAAGCCGCACCAGUGGCAGGCCGACGAGGCGGCCGUGCGCGCCGGCACCUGCAGCUUCCACGUCAAGUACUUAGGCUGCGUGGAGGUGUUCGAGUCUCGAGGAAUGCAGGUUUGCGAAGAGGCCCUGAAAGUACUUAGGGGCUCUCGGCGGCGACCAGUUAAGGCCAUUCUCUACGUCUCAGGCGAUGGUUUAAGAGUAGUGGAGGAUGAAACUAAGGGCUUGAUCGUGGACCAGACGAUAGAGAAAGUUUCCUUCUGCGCCCCCGACCGGAACCACGAGAAGGGCUUCUCGUACAUCUGCCGGGACGGCACCACGAGGCGCUGGAUGUGCCACGGCUUCCUGGCUCUGAAAGAGUCGGGGGAGAGGCUGAGCCACGCCGUGGGCUGCGCGUUCGCCGCCUGCCUGGAGCGGAAGCAGAGGCGGGACAAGGAGUGUGGCGUCACGAUGACCUUCGACGCCAAGAACUCCACCUUCACGCGGACGGGCAGCUUCAGGCAGACGUCCAUCACCGAUAGGCUGCAGGACCCACAGGAGGCUAAACCCACAGGACCGGCGGGGCAGCACGCCGGCACAGACGCUCCGCCCGUGAAGCAAGUGUUCAACCCGCACGCGAUCGAGCGGCCGCACGCCACGCUCUCCAUGCUGCAGCGGCAGGGCUCGUUCCGCGGCUUCGACCAGCUGAACCAGGCGUCGCCCUUCAAGCGCCAGAUGUCCCUGCGCAUCUCGGACCUGCCCUCGACGCUGGAGCGGCAGCGCUCCCUGAGCCUGGAGGGCUCGGACUUCCGGGCCCCGCCUCCCCGCCUGAAGGCACCAGCCGGUCCUCAGAUGGCCGUCCAGCCUUACCGUAGUCGCUUGCAGUCGCUGCCCGUGAGUGCCGCUUGCCUUGCGUCCGAGAUGAGUCCCAUCCCGGAGUCGUCUCCGCUGAGCGACAGGGGCGACUCUGUCAGCGCCAUGUGUCAGCAGCUGGCCCAGGGACUGUCUCUGCUGUCGUCGACUGACGACUUCAUCAUCCCCGCUUCCUUGCAGAAACUCACAAAUGGCGUGGAGACGACUGCAAAUCAGCAGCCGUUUUCCUUGAACUCCAGUACGGCAAGCAUCACCUCAGUCACUGCUGUUUCUACAUCUGCAGUCUCUGACACGGCAAAGCUGAACAGCAGCGGCAGCAAUUUGUGGAACAGCAGUCCCCGCAACACGAGGGCGGUGUGGUGUCCGCCAGUGCUGCCAUCACGUUCCACGCCCACACCACCAUCGCCACCUCCCCCCAUCGCGCCCGUGACGCCGGUCUUCCCCCAUGCGGAGCUGCCGCGUCCCGACCAGUGGCUGGGCAGCGUGGUCUCUUCCACGGCGGGGAGCGUCCGGCCGCGCCCCCCGCCCCUCUCCCACCACUCGCGCGCCCGCUCGCUGGGCUCCUUCCACAACGCCAACGGCGCCGCGCCGGGAGGGGACCCCUUCGACGCAGAGUGGGCACCGGUCGCUCCCGUCGGCAGCACCAACCCCUUCGUCGCGCCGCCCACGCCCGUCAAGGCGUUCGAGGUGCAGAUGUGACGCGGCGCCCGGGACUAGCGGUGGCGGGGGCGCGCUGAUCUGUGAUUCCAUUGCUGAGCCACGUGUGGGUUUCGACUAGUCAAAACGCCGCGAAGCGCUGGACACGACCGGAAAAAGGUUUUUAUGUGCAAGCCGAGAAAAUAUUUUUUAUCGAUGGUGGAAAUUCAACAACACGUAUCUCCUUCAUCUCUCUCUCUCUCUUUUUUUUAAAGUAUUUUUUUAAGUAUUUUCUCUUCUUUCAGGGUGUCCACAUACUGGAGAGUCGGGGAAUUCACUUAAAAUCCGGGAAAAUGUAUGGCAAUCCCCCCAGUGGCAGUAAUUUCAGGGGUAAAUAUCAUUCCCCAACCUGCCAUCAGCAAUAUUCUGAAGGAAUAUUUUUCAGAUGGUUUUUAGUGGAUAGUUAUACACACCAUAAAGUAGGGAUAUGCAAGGUUCUGUAAAAUACGAAAGAGGAUAAAAAAAAAUUGGAGAGAAAACUAGGCCAUCUGUGAGGAUGGUGGCGACUGGAUUUUGUUUAUUCUUUUUAAAAAAUUGCAAAAAUAGGUAAAUUAUUAAAAAAAAAAAAAAGGGGGGGGGGUUGAAUUUGAAAUUUUGGACAGAUAAAGUAAGGAAAAAGGUGGGAGGAUUUUGUUACAGAUAUUAUGGACACCCUACUUAUAAAAAUAACAUUUUUCUGAUAACUUAAAAAAGGAACAAUGUAGUGCUGUGAACAGUGAAUUUUGUAUUUAUAACUUAUACCACACAUUUCACACUUGAACAAAUGUGCAGCCAUGAACAAGUAUUUAAAUGUGAUUUGUGUUUGUGAAGAUUCGUGUUGUUGCAUCAGCAACAUCAAUUAUGUUGCUCAUUACAUGUAUGCAUUUACAACAAACGUUGAAUUCGUAUGUCCAAACAUUAACCAUGUAAUAUAUAGAUGAUAUUUUACAACCUUCCAAAAGUUUGCAUACUGCAAAUAGUGCAAUAUAACUGCACAACUCUUUUGACAGUAUUGCAAAUAUAUAGGUUUUUAAUCAAUAUUUGAGUAACUGCUUGCACAUGAAAAUGAGUGAAAUAUUACUAAUUAAAUGUGCUAAACAUUAUCUAGAACAGCAAAAUUAUUACUGUUGACAUUGCUAGCUGUGUUGUAUGUUGAGUAAAAAGCUUUAUAUGAACAAUAUUUUAUAUGUGCAUAGUUGUGGAUAUAAAAAUUGGUUACGUUACA